AUGGCGGACAACGCCCAUGAGUCCGAGCGCGCCCUCUCCGCCCGCGACCGCAGUCGAUCUCCGCCGGUGAGGCCUUGGAAAGAGGCGGUUGACGCGACCUCCGCCGCUGAGCCGCAGGAGGCGAGCGCGGCCGCCGCGUUGGACUUCCUCGAUGCGCUCGAGCGAGAUGACGCCGCGGUCAUAUCCUUGGCUACAUCUCGAUCCGCGGCGUCCGGUCGGCCCGAGGCGGUCGCGGAGGAGCUGGAGCGGCUGCUGCUCGGCCCGCCGCCAUCGGCGCUGGCCGUCCUUGGCGGCGAGGGUGGCGCCGGCGUGCGUCCUGAGCGAGACGGGGAUUGGGCGGAGCGGGCGCUGGGCGCGCUCAAGACGGUGGCGUGCCACGACGUCCCGCGGCGGCUGACGUCGCUGCGGCUGGACGCGCUCCCGCUCGUGGGCGGCGGCGCGCUCGACCCGCUCUCCUCCCUCGACAGCCUCCGCUCGCUCCGGGUCGAGGGCUGCGUCGCGCUGCCGACGUCGGCGCUGCGCGCGCUCCGCUCGCUGCAUCGGCUCGAGCUUGUCUCGCUGCGCGGGUGCGCCUCGGUGGGCGACCAGGCGACCGGCUUCCUCCUCCCGAUGCCGCGCCUCCGCUCCCUCCACCUCGACGGCACCGCCGUCGGCGACGUCGCGCUACUGGCGGCGUCGGCCGGCGCCAGCUCGAGCUACAAGCUCCUCGCCUUCCUCUAG